AUGCUACCAUCCGACGCCAUCUGCGUCGAGAGGGCAGCUGUCAAGUUCCUCCUCAGCCCCGCCUCCGAUGGCGCCCACGCCCCCGACUACUUCCCCGUCUCUAAUGGCAGCGGCACCCUUUCCAUGGGCCUUUGCUGUGCCUUCGCCGCUGCGAGCGGAAGCUCGGGCGUCGCCCUCCGUGCGACCAACCCGGGAGUGGGCCGCUGGCUCGGCCCGCAUGCUGAUGGCCGUGGCCGAGCCGUGCAGAUAGCUGACCUCACCGUCGACGUCGCUGUGGUGGGCGGUGGCCCAGCCGGCUACGUGAUGGCGGCGCUGCUGGGACGCUCGGAGCACUCGGUGGCGCUCGUCGACCCCAAGCCGGAGGGCGCCUGGCCCAACAACUACGGCUCGUGGCGCGAGGAGUGGGAGGCGCUCGCCGCAUCGCUGCAGAUGCCGGAGCUCCUCGACUGCGUCAGCACAAACUGGGCAGUGACGGAUUGCUUCUUUGGCGGCUCGUUCGACACGCCGGACGACGAGCGGCUGCGGUUGGAUCGCGCCUACCUCAAGGUCGACCGCCUCCGACUCAAGGCCCUGCUGCGGGAGAAGCACGCGGCGACCGGCGUGCAGCUGCUGGAGGGCUACGCGCCCGCGGCCGCCAUCGCGCCGAACCUCUUUGACGGCGGCCUGCUCGUCGUCGACGCGACCGGCUUUGAGUCCAAGCUGACGGUGCGCGAGAGCCCCGCCGCGGGGGGGCUGUGGAAGGAGCUCGCGCCCGGGUACCAGAUCGCGUACGGCAUGUGCGUGGAUGUGGCGGGCGACAAGCUCGCGCCGUACGACGCGUCGGCGAUGACCCUCUUCGACUACCGCACCGACCACCUCGUGGGCUCCGACCUGCUCGCAGACGCAGAGGAGCGGCCGUCCUUCGUCUACGUGAUGCCGAGCGGCGAGGGGGGCUGCGACGGCUGCGGCGCGUCCGCCUUUUUCGAGGAGACGUCGCUGGUGGGGCGCGGCGAGCGGCGGCUCGAGUUCGAGACGCUCAAGCAGCGGCUGAUCAAGCGGCUCGCCUUCCACGGCAUUACGUACGGCGAGGCGAGUGUGCGCGAGGAGGAGUACUGCUACAUCCCGAUGGGCGGCCAGCUGCCGGACAGGACGCAGCGCGUCGUGCCGAUCGGGGGCGCCGCAAACACCGUCCACCCGGCGACCGGCUACCAGCUCUGCCGCAUGCUCGCCUCGUCAACGGGCGUCGCCGCCGCCCUCUCUGCCGAGCUCAGCAAGGGCGACGGCUUCGACCCGGACGCGGCGGCGGCCGCCGCGCACGCCUCGCUGUGGCCGGCGAGCAACCGGCUGCAGCGCGACUUUGCGGUCUUCGGCGGCGAGUUCCUCGGCUCGCAGCCGGUCGAGAUCCUGCGCGGUUUCUUCGGCGCCUUUUUCGCGCUCGAGCAGCCAGUGUGGGGCGGCUUCCUCGCAGGGUGGCCGGGGCUACCCGGCAACGAGAACCACGCGACGUGGCUCGCGCGCGUCCGGUUUGGCAUCACCAUCGCGCUCAAGUUCCCGCCCAAGGUCGCCGCAACCUUCGUGGCGUACCUCGCCGCCUUCACGGCGGCGUACGGCCCGCUCAUCCUCAAGUCCAUCUUCACGCCCGUCUUCGAGAUUGGCGUCGGGCCGCCGCCGCCCGACCCCGGGCUUAGGGCGCGCCGGCAGCGCGCGCGCGACGUGUACGUGACGGGCGACGCGGCGGCCAAGCGCGAGGCAGUGGAGAUGCUCCGGUCGGGGCGCGCCGGCGGGACGCCGAGAGGGGAGCCAUCGCCGCAGGUGGAGCUGCUCGAGGAGGAGGAGGCGAGGGAGGAGGAGGCGCUGGCGGCGUGAGCGGAGCAACAGUAAAGCCACCGCGCUCGAGAGAGGACGAUGGACACCCAGUCCCGGAGGCCUCGGGCCCAGUCUGAGCCGAGUCCAGACCCAAACGGGGCGGAGAGAAGAUAGGAUAAACGGAGAGAGAUGUUGCGCAUGUAUGGCGGUGUGCGAUCUGCGUAUACUGGGUACUGCG